AUGCCACCAGGUUCAGGGAGCACAGCGCCAGCAGCCGAGAACCCUGCCUCUAGCAGUUCUCCCGGCGGCCAGGGCGCGUGGAAGGACAGAGAACCGCCACCAGCUUAUGACGGCAAGUUUCCCGAGAAGACGUUUGCGAGAUGGCUGAAAGAGCUUAAGCUGUGGGAGUUCGAGACGGAGGUCCCCAAGAACAAGUGGGGAGCCAAGCUGCUUAGGCAGCUUACGGGCCCAGCGAGGGCCGCGGCAGACGGCCUUACCUUUGAGGAGGUAGCCUGCGAGAAGGGCAUGGAGAACGUCCUCACUGUGCUGAAGGAGCAUUUUGCCCCUCAUCUGGAGACAAGCUUGCCUAAGGCUAUGGAGGCAGCGAUCUAUGGUGAGGUGCGCAGUGGCAGAGAGGGCUUUGCAGAGUAUGUGAUAAGGAUGGAGCAUGCCUUCAAGGAACUUGAGCGCGAAGGUGUCACUUUGCCUCCCGUUGCUGCAGGUUACAUCAUAUACCGUCAUGCCAAUCUGACUGAGACUCAGGACAAUCAGUUGGUGACCUGGUGUGAAGGUAAGUAUGAUAAGGCUGUCAUUGUGAAGAACCUCCGGAAGCUCGAGAAAGUAGUCCACGACAAGAAGAAGGUUUACUUUGGAGAAGGAGAAGGCGAAGAUGGCAUGAUGCCCGACGAGGAGAGUGCCGAGAUCUACUCGGCGGAGGUCGUCGCGGACUAUGAGAGCGAAGAGGAUGAUGAUUAUGUGUACGUGAGCGCCGGGGAGCUACAGGAUGUGUACGACGAAGAAGAGAUGCAAGAAGCUCUGGCGACGUAUCAAGAAGUAAGAAGAAGUCUCCGAGAUCAAAGGAAUGCCCGGGGAUUUUAUCCAGUCAAGUUUUCGGGCGGCAAGGUCCACAUCGAUAUGCUGAAGCUCAGGACGCGGUGCGCUCGUUGCGGUUGCCUUGGCCACUGGGCCAAAGAAUGCCGCAAUCCUCCAGACAGCCGGGGUCGACAGAAUGAGGCCAAUCAGCGAGGGAACUCAAGUGGAGCUCCUUCGUCCUCGCGGUCUGGAUUCUUUGUCUCAGGGCAGAGCCCGGGGAGCUCGUCGACCUUCUUUGGCAGUGCGGCAGAAAAGGAGGGCACGAUGCUGAGCCAGAGCUAUGUGCCGCUGUUUGACCACGUCAUGAAUGCUGUGUGCAGGAAGAGAGCAGCCGGAUCCGCGGAUACAGUUUGUCCCAGAGAAGAUCAAGGCAAGAGCGCCAGUCCGGAUUCCUUUAUCGGGGUGGUUACUUCAUCUACGGAGGGCAUUGUGGAUACUGCAGACGGUCUGAUAGGGAAGCCGGCCAUGUUGAGAUUGACAGAAGCCUUGAGAAGCAGGGGGUUGAAGAUCCGAUGGAAUGGCAAGCGAGCUCAGGCCACCGGAGUUGGAGGGAAGGCAACAGUUAUCGGUGUCGUCGAGGCGCCGGUCGGCAUUGCAGGGAUAAACGGGUUGCUGGAGAUGACGGUAGUCCAGGAAGACAUCCCGAUGCUUUUGCCGAUUAAGCUCUUGCGACAGCUCAGGGCAGUGGUGGACCUGGACCGAGAUGUUCUGGAUCUUCGCAAAUACAACGCCCAGGCCAGGCUCAGUGAACGUCCGUCGGGGCAUGUGGCAGUGGAUGUGAUGUCAUUUGAUCCCAGUGGCUGGUCGAUUCCUAGGGAAGCUGAGUCUGCGAAACUUAGUACAGAGCAGUUCGCUUUGAUCAAUUGCAGCUUUGUGAACCAGAGCAUGAUUUCUCUCGAGAAAGCAAGCUGUGAAGAAGCUCUCCCUCGGAACUCCGAAGAUGGCGCAGGCACUGCUUCAUCGAAUGAUGGCCCAGAGGGAUCAGGAUCAACCAAGGAUCAGGGCGGGAAGGAAGCCGCCAACUCGGACACCGGCCCAAAUGAGGACGCAAAGGGCUCUGCAGCGUUGGAGGAUCUUCGGCGACAAGCUGUUCAACCUCACAACCUUCAUCGAGGCCUUCGGCCGCGUCGAAGCUUGGCUGCCAGAUUCCUCGCGACGGCUGUUGCAGCCACCGUGUCCAGUGGGCCCGUCUCCUUCUACCCUGGCGUUACGGAGAACCAGCUGGAAUAUGCCCAGGUGAUAAAGUAUGCGCCGAAGCUCACUUCGAGGAAAUCGGCGACUCCACCCACGGCCAGCCAGGAGACGUGCAGCCAUCCGGCAAUUCACUUGAAGGGUGGCGGCAACCAGUACAGCAAGGAUGUCUACUGCGACCUAUGCAAAGCUCGCUGGAAGCACUUGAGUCCGUGGGAGCUGAAGAAGGCGAUGGAGCAGGAGGCGGCACCGACGAUUUCGACGGUCAUGUGCAGCUGUGGCGUUCCAGCCCACCGCUGGCAGGUGAAGAAGGCCGGCCCGACAUGCAAUCGCCACUUCUUCCGAUGCCAGAAGAGGCUUUGCGAGUUCUUCAUGUGGGACCCGGCGGAGCAGGCGGCCCUGGGAGCACAUAUGGGGCCAGCGGAGACACAGGAGCAGGCCGACAUGGAGAUGGAGGCCGAGCAGAAGAUGAAUGUGGAGAUCGGCCGGAUCCAGAGCCAAGCCGAGCAGUAUGUGGCCGCGCAGAAUGAGGAGCUGGAGAUGGUGUUCGAGCGGAAGAUGGACCGUAUGAGGGAUGGGCACCAACAGGAGAUUGCCCAGCUCCAGCAACAGAUGCAGCAGCAAGCGGCGUGGAUGCAAUCAUACAUCAACCAAGUGAACGGAGGCUUCGAGAUGGUGAACAAUCCUCAGAAUCAGCAGGCCUCAGCUGCUUACGGCAAGGAGAGUGCAGAUGCGGGCAUUUGGCCCGGAUGGGAAAUCCACACCUUGGAGCAUGCCAUUCAAACUGGGUGGCUUCCGAGAACUAUGGCAUCCGGCGAUGCCUACCUUGCGAUCUUUGAGGACCAGGGCGGCAUGAUCAUGUGGAGCGAGGACUUUGGCAAGAUCAAGGCUCUUCCGAACGGCAAGUACAAGCAGCUUAAAGCUACUACUGAGAAGAUGAUCAACGCAUGGCAUGUUGAGAAGUUCGGGAAGGUGUGGGAGUUUGUUUCACCAAAGUAUGGUCUUGCAGAGAGCGACAACCCGAUCUACGAGGACCACGAAGUGGGUCUGCUGUGGCCCAUGUUUCCAGAGAUGUUCUGGGAAAUGAUCGGUGAGAGGACCCCUGAGAUGGUUCUGUUGCGACCAGACAAAACUUCAGAGUCACUGGAGUUGGCGUGUCAAGCUGCAGAGUGGCAGGACGCGCGGGGCAAACCUUUUCUGAUGCUACUGUCUACCGAUUGCCUUCAAGAUGUGUGUGACCUCACCAAGGACACCUUGCUACUUGGACGCCGUGAACUUCGAACCUUCAGCGGAGGUGCGGCGGUGAUGUCCAAUAGCCGAGACUUGGUUUGUCGGUUGGAGCCAGAGAUGGACACGUUCACUGGAGUCCUGGAUUGUGUGCAGAAGUUGGUGUCAACCAUGCACAAUGAGUCGAGCUACGAGGUGGAGGUCAAUGACCUUCAUCAGAAUCAGAAGGCACUCCAGGGGGACAUUGCGAGCUUUCCUCAGAAUCAGGAGGCACUCCAGGAGGACAGUCAGUCCUUUCAUCAGAAUCAGGAGGCACUCCAGGGGGACAGUCACGUUUUAAUGUUUGAUGGUUCAGUACGCGCAGUGGGUCCGUCACAGACGUUUGUUGAAGAUGCAGAGGGCGAUGGUGAGGGGGAUCCUUUUGAAGUUGGCCCUGUGGUUCAGAGAGUUGAAGCCGCGAGUCUGAAGCCAACUGAUGAAGAAGUUCGAAUGCUCAAGCGGGUUCAUGAGAACUUGGGGCAUCCUUCCAACCGGGACUUUGCCCGGACACUUCGCAUUGCCCACUGCAAGCCUCAUCUAGUCAGGUUCGCUGCCAAGGAGUUUUCAUGCAGUACGUGCGCCUCAAAGCCGAUGCCCAAGCCAGCUCGACCAGCCGUUCUUCCAAAGUCGUACCAGCCGGGGCAGGUGAUUGGCAUUGACGUGAUGUACUUACCAGCUUUGAACAAGCAGGAGAGUUUCCCCGCCCUGAACAUCGUUGACUGGGGAAGUGGCUACUCCAUGGUCGAGCGCCUGAAAGAGAUGUCUGCUGACCACGUGUGGCGCACCUUUAUGCGCACGUGGAACGGGAAGACGGAGCGUGCUGGAGCCCAUUACAAGCAUGUCUUUGAGAAGGCGCGAGAUGCAUGUGUUGUGACUUCGUGGCAGGAACUGAAAACGAUGAUGUAUGAAGUGGAGGCAGCGCGCAACAGGUUCGGCAACCGAAGUGGAUUCAGCCCGAUGCAGCGUCAGCUUGGAUGGAGUUUGCGCCUGCCAGGUUCGAUGAUUUCAGAUGAUCCCCUAGAUCCUCAGCUCAUGGUGCAAAGUGCUGGAGAUGAAGUUCGCAGGCUUUUGCAGCUUCGGCAGGCGGCCCAGGAAGCCUACAUCAAGGAGAGGAAGCGCAAGCAUGCUAUCACUCCUGAGUCACGAGAGGGCCGCAAACCAGCAUGGGUUGGGCCUGGAGUGGUGUUGGCAGUUGAUGGUCCAAAUCUUUGGAUCAGCAUGCGGGGCGAGCUUUGGAAAGCAUCAUCUGAACAGUGUCGACCUGCUACUUCCGAGGAGCAGAUGGCCAAGGAGUUGCUUGCAGGUGAGCUCGAGGCACUUCGUCAAGAGUUCCGAGCCCGGGUGCAGUUUGAGGACCCUGUUCAAGUUCCAGUGCCAGAUGGACAUGAUCCAGAUCUGGAUGACUACAGCCCGUCGGCUGUUGGUUCGCAGAACGCGGUCAGCGAUGUGGAGGAGGAGCCCGAGCGGGAAGUUUCAGGUGGUGCACAUGGUCCAUUGGAGCUUGACCUUGACGCUACAAGGUCUGUGGAGCACAACGAGCGGUUGGACGGCAAUGGCCCGGGAACUCCCACCUAUGAUGCAGCUUGGUUUUCCUUGGAUGAGGAGAGGGGCUGGGUUUUCGCGCAUGACGUGUGGGAGAAUGUCAACAAUGAUGUUGUGGUUCGAUAUCACAAUGUUCCUCGAGCUCGGUUGUGCAACCCCAACAAGGUCCGUGGCAUGGUUAUGCCGAGGCGGCUGAAGCAUCGUCACACCUUCAUGGUCUAUGAUGACGGGCGUAUGGAGAUCAAGGUGGACAAUUGGUUCAAGCAGCGCAAGAACCCGGGAACCACCCAGGAGAGCUGGAUUGGCUUCACUGUGUUCAGCAACCAUGUGAUCGACACGGAGGCCUUUGCGAGCAAGCCGAGGGGUCAAGGGGAAGUGUUUGAUCAUGAAAUCAAGCCGGAGGACCGACCUAAGUGGGAUGAGUCUGAUCUGCAAGAGUGGCAGAAAGUGGAGGCGACAGGGGCCAUUCGGGUCCUGUCUGUUGAGGAGUCCAAGAAAGUCAAAGCGGAGCUUGCAGCGAGUGGGAAGAGUGACAGGGUGCUCCCAUCACGCAUGGUCAGGCGCUUCAAGCCGGCAGACCAACCAGGCAUGCCGGACGGGCUGAAAUCACGUUGGUGUUUGCGUGGUGAUUGUGAUCCCGAUUUGCUGCAGCGUUACAGCCCUACGAUCAACUCCACUACUUUUGGAGCCGUGCUCCAAGUGACGGCCAGUAUGAGGUUUCCAGCGAGCGUUGGUGAUCUUCGCAACGCCUUUUGCCAGUCAGGGUUGCUGGUUCGCAAAGAGGGCAAGCUAUACGCGGCACAACCGCGUGGCGGGAUUCCGGGACUCCACCCGGAACAAAUCGUGGAAAUCGUGGCGGGCAUGUACGGCCUAGGCGACGCCCCUUCCCACUGGCGUCGGACUCUGAAGCAGGAGAUUCUCAAGUUAGGGUAUCGCGAAACGACCCUGGACCCCACAAUUUAUAUGCUCCAUCGUGAACUCCAGCCCGGUGAAGACCGAGAGGCCAAGCUUAUGAUCAAGGACCGCGCAGAUGCAGAUACUCUGGUUCUGUCCGGGGUGAUUGCGGUUGAGGUCGAUGAUUUGUUUACAUGUGGUGACAGUGUACAUGAUGAACGUAUCAAUGCACUGCAGAAGGUCUUCCAGUUCGGCAAAUUCGAACCAUUAAUGGGCAACCCAAAUGGGGUAUCUUUCAACGGAAGGCGCAUCAAGCAGCACCAGAACUUUGGGCUAGAAAUUGAUAUGGUGAAAUUCGUCACGGAGCGGUUGUCACCAGUGUCUUUGGCUAAGGGCCGAAAGUCGAAUCCGAAGGAGCUCGCCAACCAGUCCGAAAUCGGACAGCUCAGAGCGGUCAUUGGAUCGCUCAACUGGUGUGCGAGGGAGUGUCGUCCCGACGCAGCAGCUGCAGCAUCACUCGGUGCAGCGUCCUUUCCGAAUCCUACGAUUCAAGACAUCUUGGAUGUGAACCGUGCGGUGGAGACGGUUAAGUCCCGACCGGAGCUCAGCAUUAAGAUCCAGCCGAUUCCCGUGAAGGAUCUGUGCUGGGGUGUGAUCAGUGAUGCGAGCUUCGCAAAUGCUCAUGGCGGCGGCUCACAAGGCGCCUACGGCAUCCUCGCCUACCACCAAGGACUUCAUGACGGGCGAGAGAGUGGAUUGUUCGCUGAUCUCGUGGAAAAGUGGCAGGAUCCAGAAGGUUGUGAACUCGACCUUGGCGGCGGAGACGCAGAGUCUGUCAAAGGGCCUCGGUGA